UCGGAAACCCGGCCUAUAAUAGCGGGUAUUACGGGCGAUACGGUGUACCACUUGUUCCGAUCAAACGAUUAUGAGAUAAUCGAAACUAAAUGUAAAACAUUUGAUGAGUUCUAUGCGAAUGAGUUACAAAUGACUGUAACCGCCAUUGAGGUCAACGGUUGCCAACGAAAUAUACCCACCGAUACAGCUAAUGGGUACUACAACAACACAUUUGACGUUUUAGAUGAACUUGGUCAAGGAAACCCAAACGAUGUGCAAAACAUAAUGAAUGAAACGAAACAUUUAAUAAGAAUUCGCUCCGAAUUUGUGAUACAAUACUACUAUUCGUGGGUCGAAAACAAUUGUCUGUAUUUUCAAAUGGAGUUAUGUUUCGGAAAUCUCGCAAAAGUGUUACAAAUGAGACGAAACCCAUUCGGCGGACACAACAAGGUUGGGAUGACCACUAGAUUCGAGUGCUAUAUAGCGGUGCAUAUGUUUCGGGAACUUCUAGAAUGUGUGCAGUAUUUGCACGAAAACCAUAUCAUUCACAGAGACCUCAAACCGGAUAACGUGUUGAUCGCUAUGAACGGCACCGAAACUGAACGGUAUGUCAAGUUAUGUGACUUCGGUCUGUCGAAAGAGGUGUUCAGUACGGGUGGACCGCAUCCCAUGUCUGCCGUAACCCAUACGCAAGAUGUAGGAGGGGCUCAAUAUCAGGCGCCGGAAGCCAUGGGCGCCAACUAUAACCAUAAGAUUGAUAUCUAUAGUCUAGCACUCAUUGGGAUAGAUAUCUUUGAAUUCAAUAGAAAAUGUUUUAUGAAUGGAAAAGAUCAAUUAUAUACAGCAUACGAUACAGAUUUAGCCGAUUUAAUGACUAGUAUUUACGGAAUAUUACUCGAAAUGAGUGCUAAUGAGUACUCCAAGAGGGGUUCGACCGAUUGGAGGGCACGACCCGAAUGCUCAGACAUAUUGCUUAGAUUUAAUAGAUUAUCGGUCGGCGCUGUAAUCAAGGAAAACGACGUCAAACUAUUCGAUGAAUGCAUUGAAAGCAAGUGUCAAUAUUUUUACCACAAAUAUAGUCAGUUUAGACCUUACGUAAAGAUUGGCGAUUCAUGUGAUAUUAGAGUAAAUAACGUCACAGUCGAUGGUAAGGAUAAUCUAGAGACCAUGAGCAAAUUUGUCCAACAAAUUCGUACGUACAAUACGUUUGACUCAAAAUAUGUAGUCAAACGGUAUAAUACAUGGCUGGAGAACAAUAAGCUAUUUAUGCAAAUGGAGUGCUGUUCCCAUUGUUUGCGCGAAAAUUCAGCCAGCCUAAGUAAACAGGAUAUAAACAAUAUCGGAAUUAUUGGUAAAUGUCUGUUUGCUUCUCUUAAAGAAAAGAAACAAGAAUUUUCAUUAAAACUACUGAUGCGGAUACAGAAGAGUUGGAAACGUGUUUUAUGUGAUGUCGGCGUAAAUAUCGAUACAAUUAACGACUUAUUUAAUCGUAUGACGAGUGAAACCCCGGCGAACCGGACGACAACAGAACUGAUGCAAGAAUUUAAUAGAAUCUCCAGAAAUAGUAUUCAAAUCGAUGCGACAAUGAUUGCAAGUAAAGACAGUUUUGAUAGAUUUGGUGGCGAUUUAUGUGAAGUCCUAUUGAGUUGUCUAUCACUUGAGGACCGAUUCCGAUGCGAAUGUCUGUCCAAACAAUGCCAGAGA